AUGAGCAAAGAAUCCGUUACCGAUAAUCAAAUGCCCCUAGAGGAAGCUGUGAGAGAUCCAGAUCCUGCAAUGUUUGAAUCGAUGCUUAAACAACUCAUAGAUACUGGAGCUGGGAAGAUGGACAAACAGAAAAUUCUAUUUAUAGCUGCAAAGAGAGGGGAUGUGGCGGUGGUGAAAAGGUUGCUUGAGAGAGGCACAGAUAUAGAGGCACGCGAUUCAAGUGGCUGGACACCGCUCCUUAUCGCAGUGAUGCGACACCAGACUUCAGUGGUACAGCUGCUUCUCGAGCAUGGCGCUAAGACAGACGUCAAAUGUAGUAUGGGUCUUCGAACACCUUUACACCAAGCGACUGAGGCCGGGCAUGAGGAGAUCACCGAGUUGCUCUUAGCUCACGGGGCCGAUCCAAAUCUUUACAAUGUUAAUGGCCGCAGACCUUUGGUAUUUGCUGCCGCCGAAGGCCACUUAGUACUGGUAAAGAUGCUGUUGGAUCAUGGCGCUUAUCCGCAGACUAAAGAGGAUCCUUCAACGCCUCUGUGUUGGGCCAAACGGCACGAAUAUGAUGAUAUUGUGAAACUGCUGGAGCCGCUCUCCAAGAUCGAGCCUGAGCAACCGUCUAGUGAGGUGCCUGAACCUGAGAAGAUCAUCCGCAUAGUCGGCAGUUCGACGCUGUUUUUCGAAGAAUUUGUCGCCUUCUGGAUUAUCCCAUUUCCCCCGCGUGCGCCACCAGUAGUAAAAGAGUAG